AUGGCGUAUCCACAACUCAACUAUAAUCCAGGCCAAAAGUGGAUAAAGAACCUUACAAAGGAUAGGCUAUCCACGUUCCAUGGCGGUCACUACUCGGACGUCAACUUGUCCUCUAUUCUAUUUCUCCAUCGUCUUGAUACUCCAGAGUAUGUAAAGCUGAAAGUAUGGAGCGCACCAGGAAACACAAAACCUACUUUUGAAGAGGCCAUGCAGCACAAGUUUAGGUCUGCUAAAAAGGGUGACUCUUUUGGGCCUUCAUGUGAGUUCACAAACCACUGGUGGAAAGUCACCGUAGUCAUACCAGGGUACUGGCAGCAAUAUGACCGCGUGCAAUUCGAGUUCGACCCAGGAUGCGAGGCAAUGAUAUACAGCACAGAAGGAACUCCUCUACAAGGUAUCACUGGUGGAUAUGGAGGCGACCGAAGGGUCGAAUAUAUCAUCCCUCUUGAAGAGCGCGAAAAGGGUGUUCACGAGUUUGUCAUCGAGUCCAGCUGUAAUGGGAUGUUUGGUGUUCCAUGGAACGGGGACACCAUUGCCCCGCCGGACAUGAACAGAUACUUCACCUUGGACUCUGCUGACCUCGUCGUUCCGAAUCAAGAUGCUUGGGGGUUACUUUGGGAUUUCCAGACGCUCAGAGAGCUGAUUGAUACCCUUCCUGGGAACACACCACUCCAAAAUAAAGCGUUAAAGGUGGCUAAUGAGAUCAUGAACGUCUUUGAUAAAGGCGAUCCGACCUCAGUCAGAGAAGCACGUAAACUGGCUGAAGAGGUGUUUGGAGAAGGAUGGGAAGCCAAAGGCGCCGAGAUAUAUAAUGAAGGCUCCAAAAAGUCAAAUGUUUGGGGUAUUGGACACUGCCAUAUCGAUACCGCAUGGCUCUGGCCAUACCGUGUUACCCAGCAGAAAGUUGCGCGGUCAUGGUCCACGCAGGUAGACCUCAUGGAACGAUACCCAGAACAUCGAUUCACAUGCAGCUCAGCACAACAAUACAAAUGGCUUGAACAGUUAUACCCACCCCUCUUUGCCCGCGUGAAAGAAAAAGUCCUCGAAGGCAAAUUUCACCCCAUUGGCGGGUCAUGGGUUGAAAACGACUCGAACAUGCCUUCGGGUGAAGCGCUGGUUCGGCAGUUUUUGUUUGGACAGCGGUUUUUUGAGACGCGCUUUGGGAAGCGGUGUGAGACCGCUUGGUUGCCCGAUUCGUUUGGGUUGACGGGGGCGUUGCCUCAGUUGAUCAGAGGGGCUGGGAUGAAGUAUUUCUUCACCCAAAAAUUGUCUUGUAACGUUUUUCCACAUUCUACCUUUAACUGGGUGGGACUCGAUGGGACCCAGGUUUUGUGCCAUAUGACGCCAGUGGAUACAUACACUGCGCAAGCUACAGUGGGAGACGUUAACAAGGGGUUAACUAACCAUAAGAACCUGGAGUCGUCCGACACUGCGCUUCUAGUAUUUGGAAAUGGAGAUGGGGGCGGAGGGCCCUUGGCAAAGAUGUUGGAAAAUCUUCGUAGGAUUCGAGCAGUGACUAACACCCAUCGGGAGCUGCCCCCCGUCAGCAUGGGACGUUCCGUCGAUGAGUUCUUUGAGGAUGUGGAAAAGACUAGUGAAGAGGGGAAGAGCCUGCCCAAUUGGAACGGAGAGUUGUAUCUUGAGUUCCAUCGUGGGACGUACACUUCGCAUGGAUCGAUCAAGAAAGGGAAUCGGCAUUCGGAGAUACUUUUGAGAGACGUCGAGCAAGCUACGACGUUGGCUUCGCUGUACAAGUAUCAUAAGAACGACUACGUUUACCCUAAACAGGCGAUUGAUGAUAGUUGGGAAAAGGUGCUUUUGAAUCAAUGUACGUGGCUUUCCUCUUUUUUUGGAAUCGGGAUGGUAUACGACGACGCAGAAAAGCUCUACGCAGAAGUGAAAAAAGACGGCGAAGCUCUUCUCGAAGAAGCCUUCUCGAUCCUCUUCCCCCACUCUGUCCCGCUCACACCCUCCUCCAGAACCAAGUCUUUAGGAGGCAAAAUCGUAGCGUUCAACACCACUUUCUUGCCUCGGUGGGACAUCAUCAAGAUCCCAUUGGUGAAAGCGGGUCCGGCGUUGAAAGCGCAGGUUCUGCAGGCGUCGGAGAAUGGGAAGGAGGGGUAUGCAAUUAUGUGUUGUCCUGAUGGCGGAAGUCCUGGAGCGCUGAGGAGUCCAACGAAUGCUUUGCAUGCUCAUCUUAUGCCCGUGUCAGUUUAUACUAAUGGAUCGGAUCACUUUGUGUUACGAAAUGCGAGUGUUCAGAUGACCAUUUCAAAGGGAAGGAUUAGCAGUUUGUUGGAUGUUAAGCUCAACCGUGAGCUUAUUCCCGAAGGUACCACCGGUGGUCUCGUCAUUUUCCAGGAUAGACCUAACUACUGGGACGCUUGGGAUGUCGAGAUUCAUCAUUUGGAGACGGCCAAACCUUUGGAGUUUUCGAAUAUCUCUGUGGUCUCUCAAGGUCCUCUGCGCGCUUCUGUCAGGGCAGAGGUGAGGUAUGGUCAGAGUACCAUUAGCGUCACUGUGACAUUUCAUUUCAAUUUCGUUCUAGCUACUGUCAAGGAAAACUCUCGAUCCCUCUUUAAUUUUGAUGCUAUCGUUGAUUGGCACCAGCGUCACGAGUUCCUCAAAUGUAACCUUCCUCUCAACAUACACAACGUGAAUGCCACCUACGAGACCCAGUUCGGCCACAUCCAACGCCCCACCCAUAAAAACACUACGUGGGAUAUCGCCAAGUUUGAAGUCUGCGGUCACAAGUAUGCGGAUUUGAGUGAAUUUGGAUAUGGUGUAGCGAUAUUGUCCGAGUCCAAGUACGGGUUUGCAUGCCAAGGCAACGUCCUGCGUAUUUCUCUUCUCCGUGCAGCAACUGCUCCAGAUGCUGAACAAGACCAAGGAGAACACCGAUUCUCUUGGGCUGUCAUGCCUCACCAAGGACACUUCCUCGAGUCCGAUGUGCCACAGGCUGCGUAUUUGUACAACUCUCCGCUGAGAGGUAUGCUUUCACACAUCAACCUACGAUGCAUCCCGGCUGGCACUGAGGAGCUUUUAUCGACGUUCAAAGCUCCCUUUACUGUUGAGGGAGCUCGUAACGUCUUCCUGGAAACAGUCAAACGCGGAGAAUAUGAUUCCUUCGAAGAUCCCGUUAACUUUGACGACAAGUCUACCACCACAACGGUUAUUCUCCGCCUUUACGAAGCGUUUGGCGGUCAUGCACAGACCCUCGUUAAAUUCUCUGACCAUCUACCUGUCGUCAAAGCCUUCACCACGAAUCUCCUGGAAGAUGAGGAGGAGGAGUUGAAUGUCACGCGUUCUGAUGGUUUAGAUGGGUAUGGUGGCCACUUGGCUCUCAGUUUCCGGGGCUUUGAAGUCAAGACGGUCAAGCUCGUGCUUGGUACGCUGCCGCCUUUACCUCAUAAAAGAGUGUUAGUCCAACGUUCUGGUUGUGUGUUUUUUUUCUCUAGCUCACCUUUCUGCUGUUUGAAUUUAUAGGGAAAAACGGUCGAGCUGGGUCAACGUUGAUCAGACUCAACUGUUGGAAUUUUGAUCCAACUCGGCUGGAAUUCUGAUACUCUUCUUGCUCCCCGACCCUUUCUUGGUUCUGUUGUAUUCCUCGUGUAUCUAUGUAAAAACUCUUCGGACUUGUGAAUUAUUGAUCCUUCUUGCCUUGUC